AAGGGAAAUGGAGAUGGGCGUGGGCGUGAAUUGCAAAAUUAUCGGCGAACGAGUAGUAGAACACAGCCAAAAGCCAUAUCAUAUCCAAUUCCCUAAUUUCUCUUAAUCUGUUGGUUUGGAUGUUAUUAAGAAGAAGUUUCUAAAGUUUUUCAAUUAACCGACGGAUUUUUGGGGUUUUGGGGCAAUAUCGAAUCAUCAUUCGCCUUUACGGAGAGAGAGAGAGUAGCAGAGAAGCAGAGCAGCAGAGCAGAGACCUCGCUACUUCUCGGCUGGCUCCUUUCCUUCGCCAUUUUCAUCACAGACCCAGCUCUCUCUCUCUCGCUUUUCUUCGGUUACUGGCGUUGCCUUUUCCUUCCUCUUCUUUACCCACUUCUUCAUUUUGUUGAUUCUAUCAGUGGGCUUGACGGAAGGGGGGGCUUUUAAGCAGCUUCCGUUAUCAGUGGAUUAGUCUACCAGUCCUUGUUCUUUGCUGUCAAUGUUUAACUGGGGUUCAUAAUAUAGAACUCGGAGGAGGAAGAUUGAACAUUUCGUGUUAGGCUGAAGAAGCUUCUGAUUUGGUGGAGUGGGUUCUAUCUUAGAGCCAUACUAGGGUCUGUUGCUAAGUUGGUUUUGGAGGCAUCAAUGACGGAGUUUAGUACCAAUGGUCAUUGUUGAUAUUGUAAUCUAAGGUUGUUGUUGGGCAUAAAUGGAUUGGACCGAAAAAGACAAUAGUAGUGGAAAGGAGAUAGUCCCUGUGAGAGAAAAUGGUUUCUUGCAAGUUGCACAGUCUUCCUCCAAAACGAGUUCAUCUCUAGUGAGUAUUGAUUCAGCAGAGAAGAAGGUUGAAGGCAAGGAUGGUCUCUUCUUUGCCAACAUUCUUCGAUCAAGAAACAAAUUUGCUGAUGCUCUUGUCCUUUACGAGAAAGUAUUAGAGAAAGAUGGUGAUAACUUGGAAGCUCAUAUUGGCAAAGGAAUAUGCCUACAGAUGCAGAACAUGAUCAAGCCUGCGUUUGAAAGUUUUGGAGAAGCCAUCAGGUUGGAUCCACAAAAUGCAUGUGCGUUCACACAUUGUGGUAUUCUAUACAAGGAGGAAGGUCGUCUUGUGGAGGCUGCUGAGUCGUAUCAAAAGGCUUUGAGAGCAGACCCUUCUUACAGACCAGCUGCUGAAUGCCUAGCAGUUGUUUUGACUGACCUUGGGACCAGCUUAAAACUCAAUGGUAACAGUCAAGAUGGAAUUCAGAAGUACUAUGAAGCCCUCAAAAUAGAUCCACACUAUGCUCCUGCAUAUUAUAAUCUUGGCGUUGUCUAUUCUGAGAUGAUGCAGUAUGACACAGCCCUUAAUUGCUAUGAGAAGGCUGCAUUAGAGAGACCCAUGUAUGCUGAAGCAUAUUGCAACAUGGGUGUAAUAUAUAAAAACCGUGGGGACUUAGAGUCAGCUAUUGCCUGUUAUGAUAGGUGCCUAGCUGUUUCACCAAAUUUUGAGAUUGCAAAGAAUAAUAUGGCAAUUGCCUUGACAGAUUUAGGAACAAAGGUUAAACUGGAGGGAGAUAUUAACCAGGGUGUAGCAUAUUAUAAGAGAGCUCUGUAUUACAAUUGGCAUUAUGCUGAUGCUAUGUACAAUCUUGGGGUUGCAUAUGGUGAAAUGCUUAAGUUUGACAUGGCUAUUGUUUUCUAUGAGCUAGCUUUCCAUUUCAAUCCUCAUUGUGCGGAGGCAUGUAAUAAUUUAGGGGUUAUAUAUAAGGAUCAGGACAACCUGGACAAAGCGGUAGAAUGUUAUCAACUUGCCUUAUCAAUAAAACCCAACUUUUCUCAGUCCUUGAACAAUCUUGGUGUUGUCUACACGGUCCAGGGGAAAAUGGAUGCUGCAGCAAGCAUGAUUGAAAAAGCUAUUCUUGCCAAUCCAACUUAUGCAGAAGCUUACAAUAACUUAGGAGUUUUGCAUAGGGAUGCUGGGAAUAUUUCCAUGGCGGUUGAUGCUUAUGAGCGUUGCCUUAAAAUAGACCCUGAUUCCCGGAAUGCUGGCCAGAACCGAUUGCUUGCUUUGAACUACAUUGAUGAAGGGCAUGAAGAUAAACUUUAUGAGGCUCACAGGGAUUGGGGCAGGCGAUUUAUGAGGCUGUAUCCACAGUAUACGUCAUGGGAUAACCCUAAAGAUCCUGAGCGUCCACUUGUUAUUGGCUAUGUGUCUCCCGAUUAUUUUACUCAUUCAGUGUCAUAUUUCGUUGAAGCCCCUCUAGUUCAUCAUGAUUAUGCAAAUUACAAAGUUGUGGUCUAUUCAGCUGUUGUGAAGGCAGAUGCAAAAACUAUUAGGUUUAGGGACAAGGUCUUAAAACAAGGUGGGGUUUGGAGGGAUAUAUAUGGAAUUGAUGAAAAAAAGGUUGCAAGCAUGGUCAGGGAAGACAAAGUUGAUAUCUUGGUGGAACUUACUGGCCAUACUGCUAAUAACAAGUUGGGGAUGAUGGCAUGUAGACCUGCGCCUGUUCAGGUAACUUGGAUUGGCUACCCAAACACAACUGGCUUGCCCACUAUUGAUUACCGGAUUACAGAUGCACUGACAGAUCCUCCCAAUACAAGACAGAAGCACGUUGAGGAGUUAGUUAGGUUGCCAGAAUGCUUCCUUUGUUAUACACCUUCUCCUGAGGCUGGUACUGUGUCCAGUGCUCCAGCCCUUUCUAAUGGCUUCAUCACAUUUGGUAGCUUCAAUAAUCUUGCAAAGAUAACGCCUAAAGUUUUACAAGUUUGGGCAAGGAUUCUAUGUGCCAUCCCAAAUUCUAGACUCGUGGUGAAGUGUAAGCCUUUCUGUUGUGAUAGUGUGAGACAGAGAUUUCUUUCAACCUUGGAGCAGCUUGGUUUAGAAUCACAACGGGUUGACCUUCUUCCUCUUAUUCUUCUGAAUCAUGACCAUAUGCAGGCCUACUCCUUAAUGGAUAUAAGUUUGGAUACUUUUCCGUAUGCUGGAACCACAACUACCUGUGAAUCGUUGUAUAUGGGAGUUCCAUGUGUAACAAUGGCUGGAUCUGUUCAUGCUCACAAUGUUGGCGUUAGUCUUCUCAGCAAAGUUGGUCUAGGACACCUUGUUGCUAAAAAUGAGGAAGAAUAUGUAAAGUUGGCAUUGCAGCUAGCAUCUGAUGUAACUGCACUUUCUAAUUUAAGAAUGAGUCUUCGGAAUCUUAUGUCAAAGUCUCCCGUUUGCGAUGGGCCAAAUUUCAUCCUUGGUUUGGAGUCCACAUAUCGUAAAAUGUGGCAGAGGUACUGUAAAGGAGAUGUGCCAUCAUUGAGGCGCAUGGAAAUCCUACAACAGCAAAAAGCUACAGAAGAGAUGAUUACAACAACGGAAUCAAACAUUCCUGCCUUGAAGGAGAGCCCGGCAUCUAUCCAAUCCAACGGACAUUGUCCUGUUUCCUCUGAAGUCAUCGAUUGUUCCCCCUGUGGAGAAAAUGGCGAUCCCUUGCCUCCGACCAAAAAACCAGGCAAGCUCCAUUGA